AUGGUUGUCCCCCUCAAGGUUUUCCCCGCCAUGAUGGCUCCUCGUCAGGUGACGCGACCUCUGUCUACAGGCCAGCUUCACGCGUUGAUGCAACACAAGCAGCAGGCCCUGCUCCUUCUUCACCAGCAUCACCUGAAGGAGUUUUACAAGAAACAACAGCAAAUCAACGCGCAGUUGCUUCAACAGAAGCCGGGCAAUAAAAGCAAAGAGAAAUUGGCGCUUCAGCAUCUCCUGCAAAUCCAGCAGAGUCUUCAUCCACAGCAGUCAGUCUGCACCUCGGCAGCUGACACCAGAUCAGUAGAGUUGAACCACAUUUGGAAGGAGAUGACAAAAGCAGAAGACGAAAACAAGUGUGAUCAUGAAGAUACUGAUAAGACAAGCGAUGAGAGACAGACGCAGGACAUCUCGUCACAUUCUCCUCACAAGUGCUCAAGUCAAGCUGAUUUAACCACAGCAAAUGUGCUUUAUGGUCAUGGCGUCUGCAACUGGCCAGGGUGUGAGUCCAUCUGCCAAAACUAUUCCCAGUUUGUGAAUCACGUGCACUGUGAGCACAAACUGGAUGACAGAAGUGCAGCGCAGUGUCGAGUCCAGAUGCAAGUGGUUCACCAGUUGGAGAUUCAGCUUCGCAAAGAACGAGAGCGUCUGCGCGCAAUGACGGCUCACCUUCAGCUGACGCCUGCUCAGGAAUCCAACUCUGCACCUGCAAGAUCACCUCUGACCCAAUGUGACACAUCAGCUGAUUCACUACAUCCACAGUCUGGCUCACCCUCACCGAGUCCUCUCCAUUUUGUGGUCCCCGUCGGCACCGUGUCGCAAGAAGGAGGCCCAAAUACAUCAUUUGCUGGGGCGGUGAAACGCCGCCAUCACCGGUUGACCUACUCUACAGAAAAAGAAUGGGACCUCUACAAGAACGCUGACAUCCGACCGCCUUUUACCUACGCAACCUUAAUAAGACAGGCCAUCAUAGAAUCAGCAGAUACGCAGCUAACAUUGAACGAGAUCUACACAUGGUUUACGAGGACCUUUGCCUUUUUCCGUCGCAAUGCAGCGACCUGGAAGAACGCAGUGCGUCACAACCUGAGCCUUCACAGAUGCUUUGUGCGUGUGGAGAACGCCAAAGGCGCCGUGUGGACGGUGGACGAGGCGGAAUACCAGCGGAGGAGAUCCCAGAAGAUGAUGGGACAAGUGGAAAUGCUGAACGGGGGCAGCCCAUCUCACCUCUGCAGCGCCAGCAACGGGGCUGCUGUCAUCCCUUCGGGAUCCAGGGCGGGGCCCCGCUCAGCAAAACCACAAGCUGCAGGGCGAGAGAAGCACCAAGGCCCUGACCACCCCCUGCCCCAGACUACCCACUGGGCAUCCACCCUGCAUCCCCGCACGGGUGCCACACCACACGCCGGAGACCUGGGUACAACCACCUCCCCAGCAGGGGACAAAAAGCUUCACCCCAGAUUCAACGGGCCCCAGGAGGGCCUGCCAAUGACCCUGCUGGUAGAAGGGCCCUAG